CAUGAGAACAGCAAUUGUCAGGGCUGCAGCUUUGGCUUUUCAUCCCUAGGAGUAAUUUCUGUUUCAGUUACACCUUCCAAGAACAACAUGUCUCAUAGCUGGGGAUACGAGACUGGCGUGAACGGACCAGAGACAUGGCAUAAGAACUUUCCUAUUGCUCUUGGAAGUAGACAGUCCCCUGUCGAAAUUCAGAGCAAGGAAACGGAGUAUGACAGCUCUCUGAAACCCCUGGAGUUCCACUAUGAUCCCUCUUCUGCUAAAAGGAUUAUCAACAAUGGACAUUCUUUCAACGUUGAGUUUGAUGAUUCCUCUGAUAAAUCAGUGUUGUGCGGAGGACCCCUGGCUGACAAGUACAGGUUGGCCCAGUUUCAUUUUCACUGGGGCUCCAAAAAUCAACCAAACGGCUCUGAGCAUACUAUGAAUGGAAAACAAUUUGCAGCUGAGCUUCACUUGGUUCACUGGAAUACAAAAUAUGAGAGUAUCAAGAUCGCUUUGACUAAAGGUGAUGGAUUGGCUGUUGUUGGAGUUUUUUUAGAGGUGGGAAGUAAUCCUCUGCCAGGACUUGAGAAAAUCAUAGACGUUCUGGGUAAAAUUCAAACGAAGGGGAAAGAAACAACAUUCAAUGACUUUAAUCCUCGGGAUCUCCUUCCUAAUUCCUUGGAAUUUUAUACUUAUCCUGGUUCACUGACCACUCCUCCUCUCUCAGAAUGUGUGACCUGGAUCGUCUUAAACAUGCCCAUCACUGUGAGCCAUGAACAGAUGUCAAAGUUCUAUAGCCUUUACUUCACUCCUGAAGGAGAAACAUCUGCAAAACACAUGGUGAACAACUGGCGCCCAGUUCAAAACCUGAGUGGCAGGAAAAUUAGAAGAUCUUUCAGAUAAAGCCACCUAGUCUAGGCCAGUGUCUGAUAUGAAUUCCGGAGGAAAAUGACCUUCUAGCUAAGCACAAAUCAACUCCCAUUGCCUCUCUGUACACUAGCAACAUCUCUGCACAAGUUUUAGUCCUCAUGUUUCUGUACCCUCAUGGAAAGUAAAAGUAGAAGGCUGUUAUCAAGUGAAAGUGUUAUUAAUGAGAAAAACCCAAUAGCCCAGAAGCCAUGUGUAAUGCAUGGCAAAGUGAUGACUUGGUGCUUUGGUGAUAGCAAUGUUUUUUCUGUGGUAAGGAACCAAUGAUAAGGAAUGGUAGAAUUGAUCCUUCCUCCCCGUGUGAUAAGGCACAUGAGUGCCUAGAGUCUAGCUUGUAAACCCUAAAGCUGUUUUUUAAAUAUAGCAAAGCAGAAAAGUUGAAGAUAAAAAUCCAAUAAUUGAUUAAAUUUCAUCAAUAUAAAGUGUAAGAAGGCAGAUUAAUAGUAGUGAUUCCAAGAGAUUACAUUUAAGAUACUGAGAUAUAAUUUUUAAAAACUCUUAUAUAUUUGUAGCCAUGUAAUCUUAAACAGAGAUGAUGUUUUUGUGAAUUUUGAAUUACAGAAAUCUAAAUUAAGUAUUAUCUAUAAAAACAUUUUAAUUAUAGUUAUAAUACAAAUUAUAAUUCCAUUCAGAUAAUAUAUACUAUGACAAAGAAAAAAGUAAUAUUGUAUUUUAGAUAUAUGUUGACUAAUAAAAUACAUGAUUAUA